AUCAGAGGUGGAGAAAAUAAUCGAGCCUAACUUUUAAUGAGAUCUGCUUGAGUGUGGAGAAAGUAAUGCUGAGAGAAUAAUGCUGAUAAGAAUGCUGUUUUUUGUGUAUUUGUUGACAUGCUUUGUACUCGCCAAAGCAGGGUCUCACUCAUUUAAGGCAUUUGUAACAUAUAUAGUUGGACAGACACCAUUUCCUGAGUUCAGUGCUGUGCUGAUGUUGGAUGAUCUGCAAAUAGCAUAUUAUGACUCUGUCACAUGGAAACCUGUCUAUCGCUCUCACAGUGAUUCACAGUUCUAUGAUGAAGAGCAAAAGGAUGCUGAUACAGUAUUUCGCGAUAUGUACAACAUCUUUGAAGAAAGAGAAAUUUAUCUUAAGAAGGACCAAAAUCGUACAUAUGGUGUACAUGUUCAUCAGAGACUUGCUGGAUGUGAAUUGUUGAACGAUGAUAAACCAGGUCCACUUCAGAGAUUGGAUGCUUUAGAUGGACAAACUAUAGAGGAGUUCACCUUUGACAUGGAAAAAAAUAAUGCAGAGACAAAAAUGACAUGGAGGCCAUGGGACCAACAAAAAUGGAUUCGUAUAAAGUUUAUGUAUGAAAGUGUUUAUCAUCCUAUUUGCUUUAAAGUUUUGCAGAGGUACCUGUAUAUGGAAAAGAACAAUGUGCUGAGAAAAGUGAAACCCAGAGUCAGACUCAUGAAGAAGAAACUCACAGACUCUCAAGGGCUUCAGAUCAGCUGUCUGGCCACUGGUUUUUACCCCCGUCACAUUAACCUGACUCUGUUCAGAGAUGGUCAGCCUGUGGAUGAUGAUCAGAUCACAGGAGGAGAGAUUCUUCCCAACGGAGAUGGAACUUACCAGAUGAGGAAGAGUUUGAUGAUCAGCGCAGAAGAACUACGUGAGGAACAUACAUACAACUGCACAAUGAAGCACCUCAAUCUGGACAACAAACUGGACAUUAUGUUUGUGAUUUUAGAUGUGGCUAAAUGUGACCCAGGACCCUUCAGUCUGUCUGUAGUUAUUGGUGUGCUGGUGUUAGUGUGUGUGGCUGUGCUCAUCAUAACUGCACUCAUUAUAUGGAGGAAGACGAGAUGUGCUGCUGAACGAGGAUCUGCAGCAUCACAGAUUGAUUACUCCCCUACUCCAUCUUCCACGCAUGAUAAAACAUGACAAGUGAGUCUAUGGCCCAAUAUUAAAAGUCAAGACAACAACAACAAAACCUUAUAGCAUUUGCUUGGUGGCUGCUAUUGGGUUAUGCUGUGUGAUGAUAACCAUCAAAUGAUGUUUGAUUAAAAAUGUUAUGUGAAUGUAUACAGUAUGGAACAUAAAAAAUUGCCUAUGUGGCUCAAAAUCAUAAUAUUGUUUAAGAACAAUACUAACCAUGUGUUAUUCACUGACCGUGCACGAAUAUGUGCGUAAAAUCUGUAUUCAAAUGUUUUCACAGAUAAUUUAUCAGUUACUUUUGUAUUAAAAUUUAUUCUGAAUUACAAAAACAUGUAGGAACAACUGGGUGUAGUCCAGAAAGCAAGGCUAACUCACCAUCACAUACCCUGAACUCUCGGUAGAACCUAAACCAAUUGUUUACUUGGUGUAUGUCAGCUCCAAAACACAUGUGAAGAGUUAAUUCAAUCAACCUUCUAUUGGUAACCCAGCGUUAACUCGUGCCAUCAGAGAUUAUGUUCAGAGUAAAUUGCUAUAGCUACUUACAUACCUUGAACAUUACCUCAGUUUUUGCAACCGAAAGUUGAGGUUAUCCUUUUACUUACUGAUGAACUUGGCUGGGUAUGUCACAUAACCUGGGGCCAUAUGUAUAAAGCCGUUUACAGCUUAACAGCUUGCCAAAGCGAACUUUCCUGAAAAGUAAACACUGUUUAUUACAAGAUAGCUAGGUGUGCUCUGUGGCUCAACCUUCUUUGAGGUGGAAGUCUUUUCCGAUUAAUUUCUUCUAUUCAAUCCAUCAACAUAAGACGUCCGCUAGUAAAAACAUGAACACACUGGAGAGCUGUUUUAUAGUAGAAAUGGAAGUUAUAAUUGAAAGAGACACUAACACUGUUUUUUGUUUAAUUCUGUAAAGCUGCUUGAUUUUAAGCAAUCUAUUUAAUUGAAAAUGACGUAAUUGGACUGCCGAAUUGCGUAGCUCGUGCAAACCACAUCACUGUCAGGAGGAUUAUGUAGUCUGUUUAGUUUUCCUUGUGUUUUGGUUUCUGAGUUCUGUUUGCUACAUAGUUCCCUUAGUUACUGAGUACGUUCACCUGUUGUUCAUUGAGUUACCUUGUUAUCUCUGUAUAUUGAAGUUCUCAAUUUCCUCUGUUUAUUGUUCCGUUGUCUUUGUGUUAUUUUCUCGAAGUGUUAUCUCUUGUUUAUUCUUGUUUUGGAUUAUUGAAUAAAAGACUGGUCUUUGUUA